CGUCUUUUUGCUGUAUAUCUACCCAACUACGUCCGAUAUUGCACUUCUGAAAGCGGCAUGAUAGUCAGCAUCCUCUGAGCUUCCAGCGCUCUCAUUUUUGAACGAGGCCCGAUUGGCCUUGAUGGAGAUUGAGGGGGUCACGCUGCACGAGGGCGCCCGUGAUGGCCACGAAAGCCCCAGUCCGCCUCCGCCCGACUUUCAUCAAAAGAUUGAAGACGACGACUCCACGAACGUCAACAACGCAGAUGCCGUCGACGACACUCCAAUACCCGACACCGAUGUGACCGACUCCAUACCGCCUGCCUCCGCUGACGACAAGGCUGCUGUCGACUCCGACUCUCCCCUUAGCUCCGAGGAUGAAGCCGACUUUGACGCGUCUGGCCGACUCUCGACACCAACCACGACCAACAGUAAGAAGCGCAAGCUUGCCGAGCUCCAAUCUGCAUCCCGAUCGCGUUCAGCUUCGAAACCCAUCUCGCCGCCAUGGAAGUCGUUCGCCGCAGAUGGUCCUACCACAAUCUUGGACAAUGGAAAGAGAAGAUCAGGCCGCGUCAAUGCCCCUGCACCUCCGGUCUUUGAGAAGUCAACUCCGAAGUCAAAAAAGACUGCCGCAAAGACACCGGCAAGUAAAGGUUCGGUCUUGAAGAAUGCUCAAACUGCUCAACAGACAAGUCAACCGAAGCCGAAGGAGACGCCAGUGCCCAAGCGCGAGAAGACUCCACCACGCCCGUCUCGUGUAUCUGCCCGAAUCAAGCAACUUGAAACAUCGCCUGCAGUUGUCAAGAAAGAGGAACCCGCUCCGCCUGUGCCGUCACCACAAGUCAAGCGCAAAGCCGGCCGUCCAGCCAAAGCUGAGCAAGCAGUAUCCACCGAGUCGCAAGCUCCCGCUUCACCCGAAAAGGCUUCAUCGACACCGCGCAUCAAGCUGAAGCUUAAGCGACCACAGUUCUCCUUUUCAUCUCGCCAUCCUGGCCAUGUUGUCCAACCGCCACGUUUUCAGUCUUUGGAAGAUAUUAUCGCCCACUACGACCAGAAGAGUAAAGAGGUUGCAUACGAGAGCAGGGAAGACGACAGAUACCAAGGCCUUGAACGACGCGCACCCGAGAGGGUCGAACAGGCACCCGAAGAGCGAGCUGAGAAGGAAGCUUUGGCACGUCUGAGGAUUCUGGAAGCUGCUCAGCCAGGUGGCCCUCUGAGCGAAGAGAAGAGUUCGAUCUAUUUACCAGACGACCAGAAAGAGCCAGCACAGCAAUACCACCACUGGGAUUAUCUUUGGACUCAGGGCGCUUUCUUGCGAUCGCUAAUGGACAAGGAGAAACGCGCACACGUGGACAACGCCAAGAAGAUCGCAUACGCUUGUCUGGCAAAAUGGAAGGAGAGACAACCUCAGACUGAAGAAGAGAAGGAAAAGCAGGAGAACGAGUGGUACAGACUCAUCUACCGCCAGACUGUCAAGGACAUCCAACGGAAAUGGGAUCUUGUUGGUGCCGAGAUCGAUCGUCGGAGAGCAUUGCGAUACGAGGAAGAGCAAAGGAUUGAACGAGAGCUCAAGAUGCAGAGUAUGCUGGAGAAGUCGACAAAUCUGCUAGACAAGCGUCGCGCCCUGCUGGAUUCUGGUCUAUCGAUCGACGGCGAUGAGGAUGAGAACGAUGACCAAGUCAGUCUCAGCGAAGGUAUUUCCGGCGAUGAAGAUGACUCGGACGCGUCAGACCGAAGCCUCGAAGAAGAUCAUCGUAUGACCUCAUCCGAGUCUGAAGGCAGUGAUGCCGAGGAAGGCGAAGACGAUGAUGUUAACCUGUCUCCGGAGGCACUUCGACGAAAAUACAGCAAUAUUCCAGACAUACCACAAGAUCAAUCCGACGACGAUGUUAGUGACAUGGACGUUGACGAAGAUGACGAUCAAGAUCCGGGUAUUGCAGACUUGACGAAAGCAGACAAGAGCGACGACGAAGACGAGAAUGAUGACAUGCAAGACGAAAAUAAACCGCUUGAAGAGGAGCGAGAUUACUCGAAGGUCCAAUUGGAAGAAGUUGAUGAUGCUCUCCUUGACGACAGCGACGAGUCUACCAACAUGAGCGAUGAAGACAUGAGCGACGAGGAGGAAGAUGGUGAAGACGAGAGGGAGGAGGAGGAAGAAAGUGAGAGCGAAGAUGAUGGUGGUCUGCUUGGUUUCUUUGGUGGACGCAAAUCCUUGACGAAGGAGAGUCAAGCGACGCAGGGUGUUGAAGCAUCUGAGGACGCCGAGGAGAUGUCUGAGCAGGAAGAUGAGGAAGUUGAACGCGCAUCCGCGAUAAUCCAAGAUCAGCCAGCAGAAGCGACCGACACUCUCGACCAACCUGAUGAGCUUGCGCAAGCGGAUGAAAGCCUCUCGGAAAAUGUGAAAGGCGCCGAUGAGCCUGAUGACCAGACCUUCGUGGAAGCAUCAGAAGCUAUGGAUGUCGAUGAUACCGACAGUGUUGCGACACCGCUCGACAACAAUAACCAAUCGUCCGCUACUGAAGCUCCCCAGCCUAUCAUGUCAGAAGACGUCCACAACGCACAGUCAGUUGCAUCUGCAAAACAACACCAUCCGCAGGCAAUAUCAGCGAAUACAAAUAUCGAGGACGCUGGUACAUCGCAAACACACGCCCAGUCCCUGAGUCCUCAUCACAACCUGCUAUCGGCAGAUUCGCACGCAGGAGACAGAAGUAGUCAAACAUCUCCCAAAGAUGACACUACUAUCGAGCCUACUGAAGCUGAAUCAACCACUAGUGUCGAUUUCGACGAAGCUGACAGGAUGUCCGAAACUAGUGACACGCCUCAACCUGGCAAGUCGUCCAAAGUCAAGAUACCUUCUCUUCUGCGAGGUACUCUCCGAGAAUACCAGCACGAAGGUCUGGACUGGCUUGCAAAGCUUUAUGCCAACCAGACCAAUGGUAUCCUUGCAGAUGAGAUGGGCCUUGGUAAGACGAUCCAAACGAUCGCUCUUCUAGCCCAUCUCGCCGAAGAACACCACAUCUGGGGUCCUCAUCUGAUUGUUGUACCAACCUCAGUCAUCCUCAACUGGGAAAUGGAGUUCAAAAAAUUCUUGCCUGGUUUUAAAGUUUUGUCAUACUACGGUUCUGUUGAGGAGAGAGCGCAAAAGCGUAAAGGUUGGAGUAACCCUGACAUCUGGAACGUCGUCAUUACAUCUUAUCAACUUAUUUUGAAAGAUCUGCCGGCUAUCAGAGUGCCAGAAUGGCAUUACAUGAUUCUGGAUGAGGCGCACAACAUCAAGAACUUUAAUUCGCAACGCUACCAAGCCAUGAUCAGACUCAAGACUCAUGCGCGACUCCUGCUGACCGGUACGCCGCUUCAAAACAGCAUCAUCGAGUUGUGGUCGCUCCUCACCUUCCUGACUGCUGGUCAAGACGGUCAAGGUAUGGGCGAUCUUGAAGAAUUCACAGAAUGGUUCCGCAGACCCGUUGAUGAGAUCUUCGUCGAUGGUAAGAGUAAACUUGGCAAUGAAGCUCAGGAUAUUGUCAACAAGUUGCACCACUCUCUUCGUCCAUACCUAUUGCGCCGUCUGAAGUCCUCGGUCGAGAAACAGUUGCCGGGCAAAUACGAGCACACGGUCAUCUGCAGGCUUUCAAAACGUCAACGUCAGCUCUAUGAUUCGUUCAUGGCUCUUUCUGACACCAAAGCCAAGUUGACUUCUGGAAACAUGAUCAGUGUCUCGCAAGCCCUGAUGUCGCUGAGAAAGGUCUGCAACCACCCAGACCUUUUCGAAGAACGUCCUAUCGUAACUUCCUAUGCAAUGAAGAAGCCUUAUACGCGUCAGCCACGGUCAAUUGCAGCAGACUUUGAGAUUACGGACUUGUUCUUGCGAAGGAAGAUGUUGAAUCAAGAUCCUCAUGAGGUGCUCGAUCUGAACUUCCUGAGUCUCAAUCUGACGUCUCGAGAGUCGAGGUCAAGGUACCAUGUUCGACGUAGCAAACAACUCAGAGCUAGUCGGGCUAUGGACCAGAUUGUGCGGAGGGAAGUCGAGCGACUGGGUAUCCAUACGCUCGACAGUUCAUCCUUCACGUCUGUCAUUGGACAACAAAACCAUAUGACUGCAAUGGACAAGCUGAACCGCCUGCGUCAAUGUGCAUUCUUGACAGAACAGCGGACUGAGUUUGCGCCUGUCUUUGGUACUGACCUCAUUGAGCGAUGCACAACAUACACGUCAGACCGACUGCGGCAAGCACCUCCGAGAGAUAAAGCUCUGCACUCAGAGUGGUACCUGGACUCUUCUUCUCUAAUCCUCGACAUGGUCAAGAGUGUUGAUCAGAGAUCUUUGUCGAUGAAUACUCUCAUUCGCAAGUUUGCAUGCAUCACCCCGAACGCAGUGGCUCCCGAUAUUUUGCCCUACAUGGUCCCUCGAAACACAAUUCGCGGUGUGCAGUCAAUUUCUCAAUCACCUGAACCGGAUGCUUUCCACGAAUCACGCGUACGCUUGUCGAUUGCAUUUCCCGACAGGCGUCUUCUACAAUACGACUGCGGCAAGCUCCAACGCCUUGCCGAACUUCUGCGCAGUCUCCAAACACGUGGCUCGCGCGCUCUAAUUUUCACUCAAAUGACUUCGGUCCUCGACAUCCUGGAACAAUUUCUGAACAUUCACGGCUACCGCUACCUCCGUCUCGAUGGAAGCACGAAGAUUGAACAUCGUCAAGAUAUGAUGGAGCGCUUCAAUCGCGAUACCCGCAUCGACGUCUUUAUCCUCUCUUCCCGAUCGGGAGGUGUGGGUCUGAACUUGACAGGUGCAGAUACAGUCAUCUUCUAUGAUCUCGAUUGGAAUCCACAAAUGGACAAGCAAUGUCAAGACCGCGCUCAUCGUAUCGGUCAAACCCGCGAUGUGCACAUUUACAAGUUCGUCAGUGAACACACCAUUGAAGUCAACAUUCUGCGGAAGUCGAAUCAAAAACGUCUGCUUGACGAAGUCGUCAUUCAAGAAGGAGAGUUCACAACUGACUACUUCAAUGCUCCUGCUGCUAGUGUGGAAGAUGAAGCUCUUGGCGAUGCAUUCGCUGGUGCGGCUGUAGAAAGAGUGUUUGGCAAUAAUGUCGGCGAACAUAGCGUACAGAAAGUGUUGGAAGCAGUUGAAGAUGCCGAAGAUGUUGCCGCUGCCCACGCACAAGCCAAAGAAGGUCAAGAAGACGACUUUGACUUUGAUGCCAAUGGCAACAAUGCCACUGCCACUGCCACUGCCACCGCCAACCAGAGUCGGGUUUCGAGGACCCCAAAGACUAGUGUGCCGCCCACACCCGCUGAACCUGCCGACGCACUGGAAGUGGCUCAAGAGCUCAAAGAUGGUGGGGAGGAGUUUGGGCAUGUGGAUGAGUAUAUGCUCAAUUUCUUGGAUUGGGCACUGCAGGGUGUGAGAUAUGUUCCUCCUCCUGACAAGAGUAGAAGGGGAAGAUUGGACAAGAACGGACGGGAUCGUAGUCAUCGUCCUCGUGUACGCUAGCUCCGUUGAGAUCAUUGGUGGAGUGUCUUGGUAUUGCAUAGCGCUGACUUUUUUGUGUGCUUUUAUCAUUCGCUUCUGGGGUUUAUCUCCCGCAUUGUAUCAUUUAUAUCAUUCGUUAGUCAUUUGCAGCAGAACGCAUCAGAUCAAAUCAAAUAGAGACCGUGAAGUUGAUGAUCCGCCUUCAGGUCUCUCGAGAGCUGGAAGAUAAAAGUACAUCAACGCAGGCUCCGUAGCUACUGAUUUAUCGACCUACACGGCUAUUUUAUCAGGCUACCGCUGAGUUAGUCUUCGACCCACUGGACCUUAAGGGUCUUGUCGCUUUGUAGAUAGAGCGCUAAGAUAUGAGGAAGAGCAAAGGAAGAAGGGGGGAGCGGGUCAAUGACUCCUUCUUCCUCCUGCCAUCCUCUGCUAGAUUGACAGUUUUCUCAGUAGUCCUGGAUCUAAAAUGGAUAGGUUUGGGAAUACGCC